AUGGUGGAAAGGUGGACACCAAUUUUGGUGUUGCUACUUCCAAUUUUGGUAACUGCCGCUAAUUAUCAGCAAAGGCAUACUUAUUGUGAGUUUUAUUUUUUUUGGGAAAAGGGGGAGGGUUUUUGGAUUUUUGAGAAAAAUUGAGGGUCUCAAAAUAUAACGGAUAGAUUUGAGAGCAAGUUGAAAAUGUUUCAAAAAAUAAUUUAUUUUUAAUUUUAUUUCAGUUUUUAUUCCCGUUUCAGUUUCAGAUUUUAUUUUAUUUAAAAUGAUGUUCUUAACUUUUGAACCUAAGGAAAUUUUUUUCUAAAUCAAAAUUCUCAAAAAAAUGCAGUUCAAAAUUUUCACGUGUUUUUUUGGUCCAAAAAAACUUUUCGAAACUUUUUUCCAUCAGAUCGAAAUUCGAAUUUUAAAAAUCCUCGUGUAAAAUUAGCCUGCUUCCAAAUUUUUUGAGGGAAAAUCGAGCGGGUUUCAUUUUUCAAAAUUCUCAAAGCCACGUUUCAUAAUGUUCUAAAAAUUGGAUUUGCAAUAUACCACGUGGUUAAUCAGUUGAAACGUGAAUUUAUGAAAUUUAUCUGAAAAAGUUAAAUUUUUUAAAGCCACGUGAGCUUUUUUCCUAGAAAAAAUCAAAAAUUUAAUUUUCCAAAUAAAAAUUAAUUUUUAAAUUUCUGCGCUUCAAAAUUAGGCUAAUUUCUUUUUCUAUUGUAAUUUUCAAUUUUUGAAUCGUUCCAAAUCUUUUGUCAACACAAUUUUUGAAACACCGUGUUGACCACAAUCUAUUAUUAUUAUUAUUACACAAUAGAGACAUCAGAAGAAAAUCCCACGAAAAUGUUUUUUUCUUCUUUUUUGGCUGCUGCCUGCCAAUGAUGAGAUUUAGUGUAAAAAGGUGUGUCUUUUAGUCGGUGACAAAAAUGGGCAAUUUUUGGGUGUGUCUUCAAUUUCUUCCCUUCGUUUUUAGUUUCUUCUUCUGAAACUAAUGUGACCUUGAAUAGUUUAGUUGUUGUUGUGGUAAAUAAAUAUAAAAUAAAAUAAAUCGAAAAUGAAAAGAGAAAGAAUUGGCGAGAGAAAAAAGAAGAGAAAAAAGGAAUGAGAAGGAGAUAAUGAAAAUCGUAUAGUUAAUGAAUGAAUGAGUAAGGGAUUGCCAUUGAUAAAUAGUUUAAGAUUUUUUUUUUGAAAAAAGAACUUCUGGAAAAUGAAGACUUCCAAAAAAGGGCAAAAAGUUAAAAAUAAGCUUUUUUUGCAGCUAGUCUUCAAUGUCGAGUCAAUGAUCCACUUUCGUGUAAUCAAGAAAAGAGCGAGGUAAAUUUUGAAAUCUGAAAAUUAGUUAUGACGUGGCAAGAUUUGAACUGUGAGCAAAAGUGAUAGUUUUUUUCAAUUUUGUAUUUUUUCAAAAGAAAAACUUUUUCGAUUCUGGAAAAUAUCAAAACUUUUUAGAAAUUCAAAAUUUGAAAUUUUCUGAAAAUGUAAUUUGCCACGUCAUAAUUUGAAUAUUCUUCUCCUAGGUUUGUGUAUUUGUAAAUGGUCAAUAUCGAUGUGAAUGUCCAGUUGGAGUAUCUCGAUUACCCGAUGGCCGAUGUCUUAUGGUAAAUGAAUGUGCUCGACCAUCUUUAAAUGCCUGUCAUAAAGAUGCCGCUUGUAUAGAUCUUGCAGAAGGUUAUACUUGUCGAUGUAACACAGGAUUUGCUGAUGUUUCACCAGACAAAGUUAAUAAACCAGGAAGAAUGUGUCAAAAAACAGCAAAUGAAUGUGGACAAAAAUCAACUUAUGGUGUAGAUUGCGAUGAAAAUGCAGCAUGUGUUGAUACACCAGAAGGAUUUCAAUGUGUUUGUCAACCAGGAUUUGUUGAUGUUUCAACUUCAAUCGCCAAAUUACCUGGAAGAAAAUGUGUUGAAAGUGUUAAUGAAUGUACAAAUGGUCAAGCUGAUUGUUCAAAAGAUGCUGAUUGUUUUGAUCGAGCUGAUGGAUAUGAAUGUAAAUGUCGACCUGGUUUUGUAGAUGCUUCACCAAAUAAUGAUAAAUAUCCAGGAAGAGUUUGUAAUAAACCAAAAUCACCAGAAUAUUAUGGUCAACAAAGUAGACAACCUCAAUGCUCAGAUGCUUCUCCUUGCGGACCAAAUGAAGAAUGUCGAUUCAAUCCAGCCGGCGAAAAAGUUUGUCAAUGUAGAAGAGGAUCUGUUCAACAAUCAAACGGUGUUUGCAAAGUUUUUAGUCAAUGUGAACAGAAUAAUGAAUGUGAUAAGAAUGCAUUCUGUUCAAAUACUUAUGACGGAGCAAAAUGUCAAUGUAAAGCGGGAUAUUUGGAUGUGAGUCCAGAUGUUGUUAAAUUGCCGGGAAGAAAAUGUCAACAAGUUGUGAAUGAAUGUGCCGAUGGAAGUCAUGAUUGUUCACAUAAUGCAGAUUGUCAAGAUACACCAACGGGAUAUUUGUGCUCGUGUAAAAAAGGUUGUAUUGAUGUGUCAUCAAGAUAUGAUUUAUUGCCAGGAAGAAAAUGCAGUGUUGGUGAGUGAAAUUUGGAAAAUUAGCAAGUGUGAUUUAACUUCACUCUAACUUUUUAACAAUUUGACGAGAGUGUGUUUUAGAAAUACAAUGGAAAUGGUCUUGGAUUUGAAAAAAACCAUAGAUUUUUUGAAUUGUAGUCUGAUUAGAAACAUUGAAGAUCAUUAUUUUUGAAAAAUGUAGUCUAAAAUUGAACGCUCAAAAUCAGGAAGUGCAUAAUUUAAAAAUCUUCCAGUAAAUAAUAUCGGUUUUAAAAAAUCUCCAUCUUUAUCUUCAAAACUUUUUCGAUUGACAUUUUAAUAACCCUCUAACAUUUUCACCAUAUAACCCAUUUCAGCCGAUUCCCAGAAUCCAUAUCAACCAGGUAAGUUACUGUAUGCUUCUCCUCAUUUUUUCAAAUUUUAUUUUGCUAUCCCGCAUCCGCAUGUACAAUACAAGCUUCUCCAUCCUACUAGCUCAAUAAAAUCAAUAGAAAACCUAUUUUUUUCAGCCGCCAAUCAAUGUUCUGAUAAAUCUUUGAAUAGCUGUGAUGAGAAUGCAGAUUGUGUUCAAUUACCAGAUGGAUAUACUUGUAAAUGUUUUGCUGGAUAUGUUGAUGUCUCUUCAAAUGCCAAUCUACCUUCAGGAAGAGUUUGUACACUUUCAACCGCUUGUCCAGCUCAACCAACAGAUCUUGUUUUCCUUAUCGAUGGAUCGGGAUCAAUUGGAAGUUAUGUGUUCCAAACUGAAGUUUUGAGAUUCCUCAAAGAAUUCACCGAACUUUUCGAUAUUUCUCCACAAAAAACAAGAGUAUCAGUUGUUCAAUAUUCUGAUCAAAUUCGUCACGAAUUCGGUUUGGAUAAUUAUAAUGAUCGAAAAUCUUUGCAAAAUGCUAUUACAAAUAUCGAAUAUCUUACUGGAUUAACUAGAACUGGAGCAGCUAUUGAACAUGUUGCAAACGAAGCAUUCAGUGAAAGAAGAGGAGCUCGACCAGUUGGACAAGUUAGCAGAGUUGCUAUUGUUAUUACUGAUGGAAGAUCACAAGAUAAUGUAACUCGACCAGCAAAUAUUGCAAGAUCUCAAGAUAUUCAAAUUUUCGCAGUUGGUGUUACAAAUCAUGUUUUGGAUACUGAAUUGGAAGAGAUUUCUGGAGCUAAAGAUAGAACUUUCCAUGUUUCUGGUUUCGAAGAUCUCAAUACCAGAUUAAGAAGUGCAAUUCAACGUGUUGCUUGUCCACAUCAAAGUAAUGAAGAUACAUUUAACAAGGGACCAUGUGAUCCAAACAAUCAUAAUGGUUGUGAUAGAUCUUUGAAUCAAGUAUGCACUUUGGUAAAUGGUAAACCAGUUUGUGGUUGUCCACCAGGAUUCGAUAUUCAUCCAGUUACAAAAGUUUGUGGUGGAGAUGUUUGUAAUCCAGAAAUUGCAACAUCUUGUCCAGAUCCGGAAAUUUGCGAGAAAACACCUUUUGGAAACUGGAGAUGUACUUGUCCAGCUGAUUUGGGAUGGAGAGAUCGAUUGACUGGAGUUUGCAGUUAGUUUUUUUUUAUUUGUAUGGGGAUUUUGUAAACAGCGCAAACAUUUUUAGAAAAAAAUUAAGACGUGGCAGAUUUGUAAUUUGAAUUUUUAAAAAUGUUGCAUUCUGAACCCUGGAAAAUUCUAGCUCACGACAGCGCAAAAUCACCCUACAAAUUUUCAAAAUUUCUCAAAAGUUCUGAAACCGAAAUUCAAUUAUCUAUCAAAUAGAAUUUCAUGCAAAACCUCCUGAUAUUAAAAACUUUUAAUUUUCAGAAAUCGGAGAGAAACCAACAACAUCAGAUUCAACUGAUGAAUGUCAUCCAAAUGAUAUUCAUAGUUGCCCACCAAAUUCUAAAUGCGAAAAAGGAGCCGGAGGAGAAUUCAUUUGUAAAUGUGAUGAUGGAUUUGUUAGAAACGGACAAUCGAACAAAUGCGAAGCUCCAGGAACAUGUGAUCCAAGAAUUCCAGAUUCAUGCGAUGCUCGCAAAAAAGAAAAAUGUUUGCCAAAUCUUCUCGGUGGAUUCUCUUGUCAAUGUGAUCGUUUCCACAAAAGACAUCCAGUCACUGAUAUUUGUUUGAUUGAUGAAUGUUCAGCUGGAACACACGAUUGUGAUCAAAAUGCAAAAUGUACCGAUACAGAUGAAUCAUAUCUUUGUAAUUGUAAUGUUGGUUUCCUUGAUAAAUCACCAGAACAACAUAAGAAACCAGGAAGAGUUUGUUCAAAACAACGAAAUGAAUGUCUUGAUGGAACACAUAAUUGUUCAAUGAAUGCUGAUUGUAUUGAUCAUCCUGAUGGAUUCCUUUGUCGAUGUCGCGAAGAUUUUGUGGAUAUUUCACCAAAUCCACAUGCUUUCGGAGGAGUUGAUUGUCGUGCUUUGGUAAAUGAAUGUCUUCUUCCUGGAGCAACAACUUGCAGUGAAAAUGCGAUUUGUAUCGAUACUCGUGAUUCUUACAAAUGUCAAUGUAAAGAAGGAUUUGUGGAUCAUGAUGAACUUCGAAAUCCUGGCAGAACUUGUAAGAAAUUGAAUCAAAUUUGUGAAAGUGGAAAACAUGAUUGUGACAAAAAUGCACGAUGUGUUGAAAAGGGAGCAAAUGAUUAUGAAUGUGUUUGUAAUUCUGGAUUCAUUGAUAAAUCACCACUUCCAAGUAGAACUGGAAGAAAAUGUGUUGAACCAAUUUGUUCGGAUGAAACAAAACACACUUGUCAUUCAGCAGCAAUUUGUGAAGAAAAUGAUGAAGUCGAAGAUAAAUACACUUGUAAAUGCCGUGAUGGAUAUAUUGAUAUUGGAGACAAAAAAGAUGGAAGAAAUUGUAAAGAACUUGUGAAUGAAUGUUUGGAUGCUUCAUUGAAUUCUUGUGAUGCGGCAGCAACUUGUAUUGAUUUGGAUGAUGGAUAUACUUGUAAAUGUCCACUUGGAUCAAAAGAUGAAUCAGCUGAUUUGGAAAAAUUGCCAGGAAGAAAUUGUAAGGGAUUGGUUAAUGAGUGUAAUAUUCCACAUUUGAAUAAUUGCUCGCAUUUUGCCACGUGUCACGAUUUGGAAGAAGGAUAUGAGUGUAAAUGUAAACCAGAAUAUCAUGAUCAAAAACCAGAACAACCCGGAACUGUUUGCAAAUUCAGUGAGUUAAAAAACAAUUCUUCUCCCUCCAAACCAUACAAAAUUUUCAGUCAUAAAUGAAUGCCUCGCUGAAAAUCUCAACGACUGCAGUGUAAAUGCUGAAUGUAUCGAUAAAAUCGACGAUUAUGAAUGUAAAUGCAAAUCACCACAUCAAGAUAUGCUUUUGUCGAGUCCAGGAAGAGUUUGUCGAUUCAAUGAAUGUUCGGAUCCAAAAUACAAUGAUUGUCACAAAGAUGCGAAUUGUAUUGAUACCGAUGAUAGUUAUACUUGUCAAUGUAAAGAAGGAUAUUUCGAUGAAAUCGCAGAUAUCAAUCGACCAGGAAGAACUUGUAUUGAAGUUGGAUUAAUUAUUGAACAACCAAAUCAACACGAGCCAGAAACUACACCAGAUCCAAAUUUGGUGAAAUGUGGAAAUGAUAAAUGUCGAUUGGAUUUGGGAGAAGUUUGUGUUGGUGGAUCGAAAUGUGAAUGUCGACCGGGAGAAAGUCGCGAUUCAGAUGAUGAAAAAUGUGUGCCUGUUACAACAAUUCCACUUGUUGUUAAAGUCGAAGAAAUUGACGGUGAACCAAUUCAUUACACAACUGAUUAUUCAAAACCAGAAUCUCGUCAUCAUGUUGAAAUUUCUGAUGCUGUUAACAAAGCAGUUCGAAAGAUUAUUCCAAGAACUGAUGUUGCUCCAAGAUUUGUUACCACCGAUGUCAAAUAUGUUACAAAUCCAAAAGUUGUUGAUAGUGAUUGGGAUAAAGGAGUUCUUGUUAAUUCAACAAUUAAACUUGCUGGCAAAGAAGAAAUCGAUAAAUGCAAAUUAUACAAACAAAUAACUGAUAUUGUCAAAGAAAUGGGUGGAAGAGUUGAUAGAGUUACAUUAGGAGAUAGUGAUAAAUUAGAUCCAUGUGGAACACAAGAUGAUGAUAAUAAUAAAAAGAAUGGAAUUCGAUGUGGAGAUACAUUCUGUUCUCCAGACCUUGGCGAAGAAUGUAUUGCUGGAAAGAUUUGUGGAUGUCCAAAAGGAAUGAAACGAAAGGAUUCAAGUAGUCCAUGUAGAAAUGUUGAAUCGUGGAAUCUUCCACUUUAUGUUAUUCGAGAUGGUCAUGAAAAGAUCACUUAUUCUCCAAAUCUUGCAAAUCCAUUGGAUGAUAAUUAUAAAUCAUUGGUUUCGAGAUUCGAAAAAGGAGUUGGAGAAAGUUAUGAUAAAACACCAUUGAAAUCUGGAUUCGUUACUGCUGAAGUAAAUGAGAUUGAAAAACCAGAAACAAGAAAGAAGAUUUGGGGAGAUAAUGGAAUUCUUUACAAUUUCACAACUCAUUUUGUUCGAGGAACUGUUGGAGAACCAUCAACUGUUUUCACUGAUCUUAUUGAAUAUAUUACGAAAAAGAAUGAUUUCGAAGUUGGAACAUCAAAACUUUAUAUUUCACCAGAUCAAUUGAAUCCAUUCUCAAGUUGUUAUAAAUCCGAUUGUCAUCCAGAUGCAAUUUGCAAAGAAGAUGGAAAAGGAUAUACUUGCUCUUGUCCAGACGGAUUCCGUGAUUUGAAUCCAAUCAAACCCGGAAGAAAUUGUUUGAGUUAUCGAGGAGUAAAUGAAUGCGAAAAACCAGAAUUGAAUGAAUGUUCACCACAUGCAAGAUGUAUUGAUAUGGAUUAUUUAUACAAAUGUGAAUGUAUUAAACCAUAUGUCAAUUCUGCUGAAAAAGAUGCACUUCCUGGAUCAGUUUGUUCAAUCGAUUAUUGUUCCGAUGUCAAUUUCUGCCCAUUGAAUUCAACUUGUGUUAAUGUUGAUGAACAGGUAAUUGAGGGACCGUGUAAAAGGAAGAGGGGUGAGGAAUUAUCAGGUUUAGUUCAAACUUUAAAAAACUUUGAGAAACACCACCCUUCUCUCAAUGCUCGAAAUUUCCAAAUUAAUAAGAUAAAGUUUAAUCCUGAUAUCCCUCCCCUUCUCGUUUCAGAAUCCCCGCAAUUCCAACUUCUAUCUUUUCUAUCCUAGCCCAUCUCCUCAAAUUCUUCUAUAUCUAAUUUUCAAUUUCAAAACUAACCUCUUCUUAGAACACCUUUCUAUCUACCCAUUUUCAAAGACUUAUAAUUCACAGGCAAAAUGCGAUUGCAAAGCUGGAUUCGUUGAUAUUCGAAAAUCCGAUCAUUUAUCCGAUGCUGGACUUGGCGAUGCAAUUUGUUUGCGAUCAUCUGAUGUUGAUGAGUGUGCUUUAGGUCUUCAUAAUUGUAGUGCAGCUGCUUUAUGUAUUGAUAAGAAAAUUGGAUAUGAUUGUAAAUGUCAAGAUGGUUAUGAAGAUGGUAAUCCAUCACUUCCUGGAAGAAUUUGUGCUGCUUCACUUUGUGGUCUUUGUAAUGGACAUGGUGAUUGUAUCCACGAUUCUCAUUCAUCAAAUGUUACUUGUGCUUGUCUCGAUGGUUAUACUGGAGAAUUCUGUGAAACCGCGCCAUCAAAUGCUGGUUUGAUUUUGAUGACAAUUCUUGCACUUCUCUUCCUUCUUCUUACUCUUCUUUGUUGUCUUUACAUGUGUGCAAGAUGUAGAUGUUUUGGUGCCAGAGGAAAACAUUCAAGUGGAUUAGGAAGUGAGAUUCUCGAACCAACUUAUAUACCAAGGCCGACUUAUAUCAAGGGAAAUACUGCUGAUUAUGGUCAAAUUGUUCAUCCAGGAAACCUUGAUGGAUAUCUCGAUGGUUUGUCAAUGUCUUCCGAUGGAAGUUCGAUCGAAGAAAUUGAGAGAAGAGUUACAACUGAUGUUACAACAAGAGAAGUUCGAACAACAACAGUUCGAGAUGAAAGUGGAAAUAUUGUUAGUCAAACAAUUUCUCAUAGUAAUGGAGCAUCUGGAGCAGCUGGUGGAGCAGCCGCUAGUAGUUAUGCAGCUGGAGAAACUGAAACUGAACAAUAUGGAAUGAUAUCAUCUGAUCAUUAUAAAACAUCAGCUUCGGAAGCAAUGGAUGCUGCUAUGUCAGCAUCUGCAUCACAAUCAAGAGGAGCAUAUAAUCAAAGUUAUCAAAAUAGAAGUUAUGAACAUGGAUAUGAUUCGGAUUCUUCUGCUGACACUGAUGCCGGACAUGCGACAUACGAUAGAACAACUAGAUCGAACACGGUGAGUUAAAAAAUAUUGAAGCUGUGCACAGUCAUCAAAACUUUUGAAAAAAAUAUACAAUAUAAUUUUUAGGCGCAUGACUUCGAACCCGGAACAGAUCCUCGAACUGGAGUUGAGAGAACUAAGCGUGAAUUUGUAACAACAACAAAGGCUGAAGAAGUCAAUUAUUUCUAG